GCAAAUAAGUCACCCGCCGCUGCUAAGCAGGAGGGUUCUGAAGCCUCCCCCGCGGGAUUGGUUCAGCAGUUGUGAUUCGAAGUCACAGACCGGCGCAUAUCGAUGAGCGUUGCGCGUUCGCGUGGGUGCGUGCUACGGUUUUGCGGUGGAUCUGCUAGAACAAACGGGCGGGCGGCGGAAAAACGAAAUCGAAGGAAAAUUGUGCCCCAGGAAGUGCGGUGGAGCAGUACUGUUUGUGAUUAGUGACCAAUUGGGCUAUUAAAGACGCUGAUUGAGGGCGCGGAGUGGGGUUCGACAGCGAGGGCAACGACGACGACGUUGACAUGAGUAAUAAGCUUAAGCCGAGCGGCGAUUAUCAGCCAGUGCCGCGUGGUAGUGGAAGCAACGGUAGGGCAGACCCAUUCAACGAGGUGGAUCAGCACCUGCUGGCUGAGGGAGACAAAAUACCAUUCGUCGAUUCCGAGGACGAAGACGAAGACGAUGAUCGCGACGAUCAUUCCAACCGAGGAAGCAGUGGCGGUAACGCGUCCGACGACGAAGACGAUAUCAUGACCGAAAGUCAGGAGAACCUGGCGAUGGCCUACGUAAAUCGGUACAAGAUGCCAUCCCUUUCGGAACGGCGGAACCAGGAGAAGCUGACCGUUACGAUCGAGCACGAGAAGAAAUCUUCGCCGAGUGGGCAUGAUCUCAAGGAGGAAGCCAAAGAUGUUCCCACAGAUCUUAAAGCCGUCCAGGAUAGAGCGAUCGGGUUGCGACGAAACUCCAUCUCUAUGCCCACCUUGACGGUCGACGAUUUGGAUGCUCUGCGGCAGGCCAGGAUAGACGAGGAAGAAAGUAAAAUUCUGGUUGUAGAAAACCGUAGCCUUAGCACUGAGACGACAGCAUCACCGGAAACCCCAAGCUCCCCUCAGAGCCUCAAACCGAUGCUUCACUUCGACAGCAGUAGCGAAGAUGAACAACCAAAGAGUCCAAGGAACCUCUUCCGGAGUAGACGACGCGGAUCGAUUGCCCCGCUGCCGGCGCUGAGACUCAACGAUAAGGAAAUGAUGGCGAACGACUUCGACACGCAGAGCGUGCUGAGCAAUCAGAACUCCAUCACCAGCAUCAACUCGCUGGCCAGUUUGCUCAAGGAAAAGAUGCAGUGCAUCUCACGAUCGUCAUCGCAUGGAAAAGAUUAUUUUACAUUCACGACCCCAAAUUUCACAUCAUCACUGAACGUUCCGGCCAUGAUUCGGAAGAAGAAACGAGAAACCAAAGACUACAAGUUGCGCGUCUUUGUCGGCAUGCUGUUCCUUAUCAUUGUGUUCCUUGUCGGAUAUGCAUAUGUCAUGUACAACCAGAAGCUGCUCGCCAAAUCGUACUUCGAAAGCGUUAAACUAAACAAACAGACAAGGGCCUUGCGGAUACUGGAUUCAAAGGGAAAUGACAUGCUGUUGACGGGCAUGCUGGGGCUAGGUAUCGCCAUCGAUAAGCCGUACAAAUGUUUGAAGGAAAAUCUGCGAGAGGAUGGCAGCGUUUGCUAUGAGUGGAACUCUGUCGUUCGGUUGUACUUGAAUCAGGAUAAGACCGUCGCACAGGAUAUCAAGUGUUACAGCUUCAGUUGGGAAACACUGGUGGAUAACUUCUAUCCAACGGAUUGUUUCGAUAUCGGAGAGGGAGUUUACUGGUACGGCGGAGGCCUUACCAAGGACGUGGACUAUUUGUUGAACAAGGCGUCAUUCGAUUUUGCCCCUUUUGUAACGGGUGACACCAACGCAAAGCAGUGGGGCAAUGCAUUGAAGAGGUACUUCCUGAAUACAAAGGGUAUAGCGAUCCUGGUGGAUGAACGAACUCCACUGUAUGUCAGCAUCAACCACAAUAAUAAUAAUCAAAUUUGUCUUCGAGGCAAGAAUGAUAACUUUGCGUUCGUGAACAAACUUGCAAAUUAUUCUUCAUUGGACUAUAAAGUUUGUACGGGACCAGACAUGAAGACCGUUCAUAACGGUCUAACGCAGAAGAGCUUGUGGGACGGAUUGACCGAAAACGACAAUGCCAUCAUGAAAUCUCUUCUAAGGGAGCCGGUUUGGCAAAUUCCGGCAUUUUCGCAGGAUGAAUUGACCGAAACCGUGAUUUAUAACUACACAGAGAAUGUUAUUGCAUCUGGAUAUCUACACGUUGGUCACGUGCUGAUCAACGAGUUUUGGCAGAAGAAUAUAGGAGACUUCAAGUUCGAUUCUGACCGUUUCCCCACUCUUGAAGACACCAUCAACAUUCUCCACCGUCGAGGAUUCCGAAUCUCACUGUCGAUCCAACCUUUCAUCAGUACAGAGAGUGAGAAUUUCUUGGAAGCUGUUGACAAGAAACUUCUCAUCUACGAACGCGAAUCUGAACGAAGCAUCCCCGCGCUAACACGAUACAAGAGCUUAGCUAGUGCUGGAGUUCUUGACAUUACCAAUAACGAAACCAUACCUUGGUUGAGAAAUCAGCUACUAAAAAUCAAGGAAUCUGUCGGAAUUGAUUCAUUUUAUCUGGAUUUCGGCAAUGCGUACAGUAUGCCAAGGUAUUAUCAAUGCUCAACCACCUUGGACAAUCCAGACCAGUACAAAUCAAUCUUUAUGAAGCGCGUCGAAGGUAAUAUAAACGUUUUCGGCGUUUCAAGUGCCGUCACAGUUCCGCGCCCUCCAGCAUUCCUUAGCCUCCCGCCGGUGAACAGUUCUUGGACAGGCCUGCGAAGCAUCAUUCCAACCGUGCUUUCGUACGGAGUUAUUGGCUAUCCAUUCAUCAUGCCCGGCGCAGUUGGUGGAGAUUUCGUACUGACCUCGAACUACACAAAGAUGCAUUCCUUCUAUCCGAUGAGAGCUCCUCCCCUGCCGGAAAUGGAACUGUACAUCCGAUGGAUCCAGAUGGCCACGUUCCUGCCAGUUAUCCGAUUUACGCACCUACCUUCGGAGUUUAGAAACGAUUCCCUGACGGACAUAGCCAAGGAGCUAUCGAUCAUCCGCCAGAAAACGGUGAUGCCCCUGCUGGAGCAGUACUCGAGCGUGGCGAUGGACGAAGGGCUGCCCAUCAUUCGUCCCCUCUGGAUGAUGGACGCCACCGACGUAAACUGCUUGUACAUUGACGAUGAAUUCUCAAUCGGAGAUGGACUGAUUGUGGCACCGAUAAUCUACCGCAGUGACACCAGCCGGGAAGUGUACCUACCACACGGUGUCUGGAAGGACGGUAUCGAUGGAUCUCUGCGAAAAGGCAGCCGGUGGAUUCACAACUACCAUGUACCGUUGAAUAAGGUGGCUUAUUUCGUCAAAAUGCCAGACAAUACACGAUUCUAGAUCGUGAUCGCCACAAGAAAUUAAAGAAAAUAGAAAUCAAAAACCGUAUUCUCAACUAUUAGUGAUUCAGGCCAUUCCAGAAGCGUGUACCGUGGCGGGACCUAAGGUCAACGAACAUUUAUAGCUUAGCUUGUUUAGUCAGCAGUGAAGUUCUGCAAAGAUAAGAGUUUGCCAAAAAAGUAUUAAGUUUACGUGUUAAGUUUCACUCUUUUCCAUAGCUACUCAUUCCAAAAGAAAUUGUUUUAAUUUCUGAGUAAAUACAGUCGAAAUGGGAAAAAUAA